CCAAUUUCCGUCUCCCUUGAGAGCCCUAAUUUCGAACAAGAGGGAUCGAUCCACGGAGAGGAAGAAGGAAGAAGGCGAGGGGAUUGAGAAUUUGAGAGAGGGUGGCGAAGAAGAUUUAAGGGUUUCUAAUAGGGAGAGAGAAACGAUGGCGAUGAGGGGAUUGUUCAACGAGAUGAAGGGGAUGAAGGUGAAGGACGUGCCCGCCCACCUCAAGCCCAAGAUGUCGAUGGGGUUCCUGAGGAGCACCUUCCAGAACUGGCUCGACAACUACCACAAGAAAUACAUCAUGACCAACUCCAUCGACCCCCUCUACCACGUCUGCUUCGGUGGCAUGGCCUUCUCCUACCUCAUCGCCCUCCCCGAGGAGCGCCGCCACCUCGAGCACCAGCAGCACGCCAAAGAGCACGGUGGCCAUUGAUCUCCGCGCGCCUCCGAUUCUGGAUGGCCGCCUUCAUCUAUUUUGGGUUUAUUCAUGAGUUGCAGACUCUAUUUUGAUGUAUUUGGUUGAUAUAAUGAUCAAUCAGCAAACCAUGAGCGAUUACUGAAAUAAAAAUUCUCUUGGACUA